AUGAAGUCCAUACUUUCAAGCAAAAAGAUCUCGAGAGCUAUCCAGAAGCAUGGGAAAGAUUUAAAGAAUGCUUCUGCAGGAGGGUCGACAUUAGAUAUUCCGUUGGAUAAUGCCUUGGAACUUUUUGAGCGAAUUGCAGAAAAUCAAUCGAUGUGGCCUAGCAAUAGGGAAGUCCAAAAGAAAACAAUUGGUUGUGGGGAAUAUCACAUUACUACAAGUUGCCCUUUGGCUUCUAUUCACAUAAGUCAACCAGCAGAGGUCAGUUAUGCACAGAACUAUCAGAGGCAAAAUAGACCUUAUACAUACAACUCCCAUUCGAGUUUGAACAAGCAUCCUAACUACGCAUGGGUUGAUAAUUCAGAUCAAGUAAAUCAAAUGAAGGACUGUCCACCAGCGAUUCAGCAACAAGAAGAAAAGAUGCAAUCAUUGGAGGAUCUACUUGUCAAGUACAUCACCAAGACUAAGUCGGUGGGACAAAUAGCAACUGCAUUAGCUAACAGAGCACAAGGUACUCUGUUGAACGAUACAGAAAAGAACCUAAAUGAGCAGGUAUUAGCAGUGGAAGCUAUGAAUUAUGCAACUAUUGAGACACCAUCGAUUAAGCUUGCUACACCUGUUCGAGCUUAUGUGCCACCUAUCCCAUUCCCUUUAAGGCUUCAAAGACAAAGUUCAGAUGCCAGAAAUCACAUUUUGAAGGAGAUGUUGACUAAGAAGAGAAACCUGCCAGAACAUGAAACAAUAACACUAUCUGAAGAGUGCAGUGCAAUCAUCCAGCACAGGAUCCCACCCAAACUUAAAGAUCCAGAGAGUUUCACUCUACCUUGUUCCAUAGGAAAUUUAAAUGAUAUAAAUUAUUUAGUUGAUUCAGGAGCGAGUAUUAGUUCAAUUUCCUUACCUCUUUGCAGGAAACUGGGAUUAGGAGAUCUUAAGGCAGCAUCUAUUAUCCUUCAGCUAGCGAAGCGAUCAUUGAAACACCCUUACGGAAUAGACAAAGACACGCUUAUCAAGGCGGGGAGUUUAUUUUUCUAG